AGCUUUUGUGUGUUUUGAGCAUUCACUCGGGUCGUCUCACGAUCAUGGAUCACCUCCUUCCUCUCCUCUCCAUUCUUGUGCUUGCAGUUGGACUAGUAACCCAUGCAGCCUCGCCUUCUGAGCUCUACUGGCGCAGCGUCCUGCCCCACACUCCCAUGCCAAAUGCCAUCGCCGACCUAAUAAAGCAUAGCACUAAUGUUGGGGAACUAGCUCUUGGUGACCAUCCAGUAAUUAAGCCCAUGGCUACAAGCGCUAGACUCCGUUCUUCUUUCUUUCUGGAGAACGACUUGCAUGCCGGUGCCAAGUUUACCUUGCACUUCACAGGAACCGGCUCCAGGCCGUACCUUCUGACACGCCGAGAGGCCGACUCCAUCCCCUUCACCACCACCAAGCUUCCAGAGAUCCUCGCCCGCUUCUCCAUCGAGCCCGGUUCUCACGAUGCCAAGGCGAUCGAGACAACCCUUGAAGAGUGCGAAGAGCCGUCGGGGUAUGGUCAGACCAAGAAAUGCGCUACUUCACUCGAAUCCAUGCUGGAUUUCACUACAUCGGCCCUGAGAACUCGCGACAUCGACACUGUUUCGACGAGAGUCGGUAAGGAGGACUCCUCGGAGCAGCAGUAUAACGUGGUCGGCGUGCGAGGGGUGACCGACUCCUCUGAUUGGGUGGUCUGCCAUGUCCAGCCCUAUGCAUAUGCCGUGUUCUACUGCCACACCAAGAGUAAAGCAAAGGCGUACAUGGUUUCCAUGGUGGGGGAGGAUGGAACGAAGGUGGAGGCGCUGGCCGUGUGCCAUGACUACCUGGAUAGUUCGAACCCGAAGAUCCUGGCCUUCCAAGGGUUCAAACCGAAGCGAGGGACUGGAAACGUCUGCCACUUCCUGCCCCAAGACAAUAUUGCCUUGAUCCCAAAAAGCCAGGCGAAACUUCUCUGAGGACUUAAUUCUCUAGCUUCCUUAUGUUAUGCAGAUGUUGUGUGUCGAGGUGUGAGCUGUAUUGAAGUGAUCAGGGCGUCGCGUUGUCUGCGGGCUCUUAAUUAUCAGGUGUUAUCAUGAUCUAAAUGAUGAGUCUCUUGUUGGGUGAUGCAUCUAUGCAUGUGUUCUAGUUAUUACAUAAAUGAAUAAACUGUUAUGGAGUGAGGAUCCUCGAU